CCGAGUCGCCGCAAGGAGCCGCAGAUCUCUCCUCGACUCCCUUGUUCUGCCAGCUGUCCCAUCGGUGCGUGCUGUACGGCCAUGGAGCCGACCCCCGACGCCGAGGAGGCGCACACGGUGCGCGAGGCGCUGGGCCGCUACGAGGCGGCGCUGGAGGGUGCGGUGCGUGCACUGCACGAGGACAUGCAGGGGCUGCAGCGCGGCGUGGAACAGCGCGUGGCCGAGGCGCUGCGCCUGGCCGGCCCUUUGGCUCGCACCGUGGCGGAGCUGCAGCGUGACAACCAGCGGCUGCAAGCGCAGCUCGAACGCUUGACGCGCCAGGUGGAGGCGCUGGGCUUGGCGACUGGUGUGUCCCAUGCACCCGGCACGCCCAGUCCCCCUCCUGCGGCGGCAGUUACAGACCGCGCCCCCCGCCUAGGCACUGCACGCUUCUCCAGCCACGCCACCUUCUCGCUGUCCGGUCGCAGUCCGAGUGUGGACCCCGAUGAAGCCGGUGAUCUUGAGGUGAGACGAGCUUCGAACUCAUGCAUCAUGGAGAACGGACACCAGCUAUGUGCAGGUCCAGCCAAUGGAUCCUCUGAGGUCCAAACCUCAUCAGCCCCGGAGCCCCCUAGGCCACGCCCCGUGAGUCUCUCCUUGAGGCUGCCCCACCAGCCUGUCACAGCUGUCACCCGAGUCUCUGAGAAAUUCUCUGGGGAGACCUCAGCUUCAGCUUUGUCACCCACAUCUACUGCCAUUCUGGGGAGCUUCAGCCCAAGCUCUAGUGAUGCCAUCAGCCCUUGGACUCCUAGUCCCACUGAGAAAAAUUCCUCUUUCACACGGUCUUUGUCUGGCUCUGGGUACGGAGCAGUGACAGCUGGCAAACGCAAGGACAGCCCCCCAUUGGUGACCCCACCGCAGUCACCCCCAUCCUCGCAGCCUCCAGCUACGACUCAGGGCCCUCGCCAGGGAGAGCGUCGCAGGGAGUUGGUGAGGUCGCAGACGCUGCCUCGUACCUCGGGGGCCCAGGCUCGGAAGGCGCUGUUUGAGAAGUGGGAGCAGGAUACAGCAAGCAAGGGCAAAGGUGAGACCAGGGCCAAACUAAAGCGGUCACAGAGUUUCGGUGUGGCCAGUGCCAGCAGCAUCAAGCAGAUCCUGCUAGAAUGGUGCCGUAGCAAGACUGUGGGCUACCAGCAUGUGGACCUGCAGAACUUCUCCUCCAGCUGGAGUGAUGGAAUGGCCUUCUGUGCUCUGGUCCACUCCUUCUUCCCUGAUGCCUUUGACUACAAUGCCCUGAGCCCCACACAAAGACAGAAGAACUUUGAACUGGCCUUCACCAUGGCUGAGGACCUGGCCAACUGUGAGCGCCUCAUUGAAGUGGAGGACAUGAUGGUGAUGGGCCGGAAGCCAGACCCCAUGUGUGUCUUCACCUACGUGCAGUCACUCUACAACCACCUACGUCGCUUUGAGUAAAGCUGACAGCCUGGAGAAGCCAGGAAGAGACUCUGGGGUCCCUCACGUUCCGCCAUGGUAGCAUGACCCUCCAGGGGAGCUGCCUCAGUAGUGUGAGCUGCUGUUUGUUCUCUGGCAUGUGACCACGUGCCUUUCACACUCAGUUACUGAUUGGAAGUAUUGACGAGGCUAAGCUGAGCCCCACAGCUUCUCACAGCCAAGGGCUGAAAGGAAAAGGAAAAACUCUAGAGUCAAAGAAAUUGGUGCUAAGUAAUGAUCUUCCUAUGGUUUUCCCUGUGGUGAAUUUGAUACAGUGGCUUGACAGGGUUCCGUUGAUUAUCAAGUUUUCUUUUUUUUCCUUCUCCU